GAAUGCUCAUUUUAGGUCUCCGGUUAGUGGAAUGCUAGGCCGGUUGAAUACUCCAACUGCACUUGGACUAGUCCAAUUUGGUCAUGAACUAAACAUGAAUAAUCCGAACCAUGUCCAAAUUGGGGACCUUGUUAAUCCCAGUUCGAGUACUUUUUCUGAUAAAAAUUCUAUGGUUAGACUGCCUAUAGGACAACCUUUGGAUAUUCAGAAGGGUAUAUUGGGAAUUUCAAACUCGGGCACACCAUCUAAUGAUUUCCAUGAUUUUUCUGGAUGUUAUGAGAAUUUUCAAGGUCAAACAGAACCAAUUGGUUACUCGUUUAACAUGGUUAAUGAACUUGGAGACACCAUGUCUUCAAUGGCGAUGACUAAUGGACCUAGUUUGAAUGGUUCGGUUAUGCAAGGAUGGGAUGGAAAUGGAAUAAUAAAUACUUCUCGACAUUCGAAUGACUCGGGUAUGAUUCAAGGGAUGACAAUGAUGGCGCCUUUCAACCAGAGAAUUGAAUCAACAACAACAACAAAUGGUUUAGCAUUUUAUAGUAGUAAUAAUAAUAAUAAUGAAUUUGGUACUAAUUCAAGUUUCUUCAAUUAUUCCUUGUCGGGUAAGCAGAGAUUCCUCGUGGACAAACAAAGAAAGACACAUAAUGGGAUUUCUUAUGUUAACAAUAACGUUGGAUCCUUGGAAGAUCUAAUCGGUCCGGUGAUGAAUCAGGAAAAGGGUUUAUAAUAGAAGAGGAAGAUGAUCCUUUGGAAAUAUGGAAUAUGAUAUCAAGGAGAAGGGGGUUGGUUUAGUUAGUUAGUUAGCAGUAUUUUUAUAUGUUUUAGAGGACUAUAUAUAUAUAUCAUAUAUAUAGUUCUUUUGAACUUUAAAUGAUAUUCCAUUUAACUAGUGUUACACUUGCAAUGGUUUGAUCAUAAUUGCUAGCUAAGAUAACUUUGUAUUAACUAUCUAACCUUAGAUAUUACACAUAAGAAAUAUUAAAUUCUCUAUCCAUUUUUUUAUUGU